AUGGCGAAACAAAAAUGGGCACUUAAGCUUUAUUCAGAACCCCAUCUUCACCAUGCCAAACAACAGGCUUCUCAGCAAUAUGAAUUCCUGUUUUGUGUGGAGAUUCCUUGGCCACUGUUACGCUUGUGGGUUGAUCUUUUAGAUGGUAACUCUAUGGAAUUAAGUUACAUUGGUAGUGCUGUGGAUGGACUGUUCACCAUAAAAAGAGGGUGUUUAUGCACAGAGGAGCUCCUACACGAAAUCAAGAGGCUAUGUGGAUCCAAAGAUAACUUUGGCAGUAUUCAUGACCCACUUCUGAACAUCCCCAUAACACCAGAUGAACUCCAUUUGUUAUUAAGAAUAACUGACAAACUACUCCAAAAUGUAAUCAAUGAGGUGCUAGAAAGAGAUGCAGUUGAGGACUUUGAGAAGCCCAGGGGACAACCCAAGGGAAUAUUUCUUAACAGGCUUGUUAAAGCAAUCAGUGGCUUAGGAAUCUCAUUUUCUAUUUGGAACAAAAGAAAUGCAGAUGGCUCUGAAAGCCAGAAGCAUGGCUGUAUUAAAAAGUUCACUGGUCAAGGGGUAAAAAAGAAUAGUGAUAAAGCCAAAAGGAUUUUCUUCCAAAGAUCAAACAAAUGGGAUGCUGCAAAAGACAUUCUCUGCACAGAAAGUAGGCAGUGGGAUCUCAAGCAGCAUGAAAGGGAGAAUCAAACUUACAUGAAAAGAAAGCUGGAGUACUGGGGGCAUGAAAUCAGUGAAAUUAGGAAGUGGAAAAGGUCAGCAAUCCGGAAUCCAUCUCUUUCUGAAAAUGAAGACAUGCAGCACCUCACUCCCAGGGAAGAUUUCAGCAAACUCACUAUCAAGCGGCUCAAGGAAAUAAUGAAAGAGAGGCGCCAUAGUACAGAGGGCCUCUCUAAACUUAACAAACAGGAACUCAUUAGCCUUAUUGAAAGAGGUUCUAGUUAAAAAAAAAAAUGAAGCCUUAAACACCGACCCUGGUAACACUGGUAAAACAUGUUGAAACAGGAUUCCAGCCCAGUGGUCAGCUCCAAGAAUAAUAAUAAGUUUGUUAUAAUUCCUUGCAUCAUGUGAAAUUGAUAAUGUCAAAAAUCAGCAAUGCCUAAAGCUGAGAAGUAAAACUGUUUUGAAAAAAAUGAAAUAACAAAUAAUGCUAUGUUAAUUCCAUUGUAAGUCCACUUGAUAACACUGAUCACAUAAUGAAGGGACUUAAACAAACUUGAUCUUCUCAAUAUAAGCCCUUGGGGCCUCCACAAUAUUGUCAGCUACCCUCUGAUAUGUCACUGGAGAUAACUGUAGGAAUUUUCUCAUUUUAAGAAGAAAUCUAAGUUUGACACCAACCUCAUGUUUGUCAUAUAUACAGUUCCAAUUAGGUGGUAGCUUACAUUUACUAAAAUCAUUUUCAUCAAACAAACACCAAUUCUUUUCUUUAGCAAUCCCUCCCUUUCCCAUAAAACAAGUAUUUAUAUACAUCAUGAUGGAAUUCUAAAGUCAGUCUUUGCUCUGGUCCCUUUGUGUCUUGGGGCAUCUAACAAUGACACACGCAUCCUGUCGACACAUUCCUCAAUUAUCUCCUUCCCAGGCUUUGGAGAUUCAAAGUAACUGCAAACAGAUAAUAGAUAAGGGCUCAAGAAAUUUUGUUUGUAGGUUUUAAAUAUCAUUGUUUAUUUCUGUAG